ACUUGCAAGGACUACGGAGCCAUUACCCAUCUAAAUCUUUCCUCCCUUGGUUUGAGAGGAACUUUGGAUGGCCUUGACUUCUCGUACUUAACCAGUGUGGUUAGCUUUGAACUUGACAAUAACUCGAUCUAUGGCUCCAUCCCCUCGAGUAUCGGGUCUUAACUUAUCGGGAAAUGGACUUUCGGGACCCAUACCUUCAGAAAUCAGGAGGCUCACUUCUCUUAUUGAACUUGACCUAUCAUACAACGAUCUCAUCGGUUCAAUUCCUCAUUCCAUUGAAAACAUGACAAGUUUAUCUUAUCUUGGGCUCUCUGUAAAUAGAAUCUCAGGUUCAAUCCCUCAAGAACUGGGGGGAUUGAUACAUCUCAAAGGAUUGUCUUUGAGAAAGAAUGACUUGGUCGGUCCAAUCCCAUCGUCUCUCCAAAACUUGAGCAAUCUAAUAUCCUUAAGCUUUAACUUAAAUCAUCUUUCAGGUUCGAUUCCACAAGAGUUGGGAAAAUUGAUAUCUCUUAGAGAAUUGCUGGUAUUUAAUAGUGGUUUGACUAGUCCAAUCCCUGAAUCAAUUGGAAACUUGCUCAAUCUGACCAUGUUAAACCUUGCUGCCAAUAAAUUCAAUGGAUCCUUGCCUUCUGGAUUUAAUAGGUUAACACGCUUGAGGGAACUGUAUCUUUCUAAUAAUGAAUUUGAGGGGGUACUACCACAAGAUGUAUGCCUUGGGAGGUCAUUGCGAAAUUUCCAUGCUUUCAAUAAUCGGUUCACAGGUCCCAUUCCAACAAGCUUACAGAACUGUAGCACGUUAAUUAGAUUGAGGCUAGAAGGAAACCAACUUACUGGAAAAAUAACAGAAGUUUUCGGAAUGUAUCCAAGUCUUAAUUAUGUGGACUUGAGCCACAAUAAUUUGAACGGCGAACUUUCUUGGAAAUGGGAGCAUUGUCCUAAUUUGACGAGCUUAAGAAUAUCAGACAACCAAAUUUCUGGGGAGAUACCUGCAAUACUUGGAAGGAUGGCUCAGUUACAAGAACUAGACCUUUCUUUCAAUUGUUUAAGCGGAGAGAUUCCUAGAGAAUUCCGAGGCUUGAUGUUGUUGUCAAAACUCGAUCUAAGCAGCAACACUAUAACAGGAAAUGUUCCAACUGAGAUUGGACUUUUAUCCCAUUUGGAACAUCUAAACUUGGCAUCAAAUAAUUUGAGCGGAUCAAUACCGGUGUUGAUAGUCUCAUGCAAAAGCUUAUUGAGUUUGAACUUGAGUAGAAACAAAUUUUGGAGAAGCAUUCCUUCUGAGGUAGGCAACGCACAAUUCCUAGAGGUUCUUGACUUGAGUCAUAAUUUGUUGACUAGAAAAAUACCAGGAGGACUAGGACAGUUGAGAAUGCUGCGAGUUCUAAAUAUCUCCCACAAUAGCCUUUCAGGUUCUAUUCCACAUACGUUUGGUGUUAUGUCGGCCUUAACUUCCAUCGAUUUAUCCUACAAUAACCUAGAAGGUCCUCUCCCAAAUGUCAAAGCUUUCAAUGAGGCUCCAUUUGAAGCAAUUCAGCAUAACAAAGGGCUCUGUGGAAAUGUUGUUGGUUUACCAAAAUGCAAUGCCACCGGGAGCAAGAAACACAAUCAACACUUUGGAGCUAGAAUUACAUUUAUCCUCAUUCUCUCUUUCUCGGGGUUUAUCCUUCUCUCUUGCACUUUGAUAGUUCUUGUAAUUAUUGUUCAUCAUCGAAGAAGAAAUAUCAGGAGAGAGAAUAAUGAACAAGCCAAUGAUUUGGCUUUCAUGGGUAUUUGGAGUUAUGAUGGCAAAGUUUUUUAUGACCGAAUUGUCGAGGCCACAGAAGGAUUCGACUCCAAGUACUAUGUGGGUGAAGGAGCAUAUGGAAUUGUUUAUAAAGCCGAGAUAUCCGAAGGUCAAAUGGUUGCUGUCAAGCAAACCUUAUCAUCUUAGGAUGAUAGUGAGGUCGUUGAUUUGAUAGCAUUUGAAAGGGAAAUUCAAGCCUUAAUAAAUUUACGCCAUCGCAACAUCGUGAAAUUUUAUGGGUUUUGCUCUUAUACCCGACGUUGUUUUUUGGUGUACGAAUACAUGGAAAGAGGAAGCUUGAGAACAACUUUGAAUGAUGAUGAAAGGGCAACCGAAUUUCAAUGGGACAAGAGAGUGAAUGUGGUCCGAGGAGUUGCCAAUGCAUUAUCUUAUAUGCAUCAUGAAUCUUCACCUCCAAUGAUUCAUCGAGACUUGACCAGUAACAACAUUCUAUUGGAUCGUGAUUAUGAGGCCCAUGUUUCUGAUUUUGGCACUGCAAGACUAUUGAGGCCCGAUUCAUCAAACUGGACAACUAUUGCUGGCACCAUUGGGUAUAUUGCUCCAGGUACUUCAUAAUUUUCUCAAUUUUAAAGGCAUUCUAUGUCAUACAUUCCAUUUAUAAUUCAACUUUUACUAGUUUACUGCAUAUCUCUAGUUA